AUGAAGAUCGAGCGUGAUUUCCACAUGACGAAUGAUGGGGAUGAUGAGUUCAGCUAUGCCAAGAACUCUAUGAUGCAGAGAAAAGCUAUUCUAGCUGCCAAGCCAACAGUCAAGGAAGCCAUAAGCAAAGUGUGCACAGAUCUUCAUCCUCAAUCGAUGGUCAUUGCUGACCUAGGUUGCUCCUUCGGUGCAAACACACUCCUUUUUGUCUCCGAUGCAAUCACCACAAUAGGCGAAAACCCUAACAAUACUAUCGGGGAGAGACCGAAGGAGAUCCAAUUCUUUCUCAAUGACCUACCUGGCAAUGAUUUCAAUAAUAUCUUUCAAUCACUGGAGCAGUUUGAGCAGUCGACAACAAAAAAUUGCACUUCUAGAGGGUUGCAAUCUCCUCCACACUAUGUCGUAGGUCUGCCAGGCUCCUUCUACACCAGACUCUUUCCUUGUAACAGCGUCCAUCUCUUCCAUUCCUCCAUGAGCCUCAUGUGGCUCUCUCAGGUCCCCGAGAACCUUGAUGGCAUCAUGAAUGAAGCGAACAUUCACAUAGGGUUGACUACACCGCCAUUGGUGAUAAAGCUCUACCAAAAUCAAUUCAAGAAGGACUUCUCACGGUUCCUACAAAUGCGGUGCAAAGAGAUUGUGCCUGGAGGUCGGAUGGUGCUGACGAUGCUAGGGAGGAAUAGCACAGAUGUAUUCAGUGCAGGAGGGACGACCAUGGCAUUCGAGUUGCUUUCACAAGGGCUGCAAACUCUAGUUGCAGAGGACUGUGUUGAGAAGGAGAAGCUGGACUCCUUCAACUUGCCAUUGUACUGCCCUUCGGUUGAUGAGCUAAAGGAGCUAGUGUGGCAGAAUGAGCUGCUUGACAUCACCGACAUCCGGCUCUUCGAGAUUAACGGGAACCCCAAUGGCGGCUCAGAUCAGUCAGCAGAGGAUGCUGCUGCUGCACCUGUCAUCAUCCAUGGUGCCGCUGCCGCUGAGGCCGCCGGCAAGACCAUCUCUACGAGCCUGAGGGCGGUGAAGGAGCCCCUGAUCGCGAGUCAUUUCGGAGAGUCCAUACUUGACAAGCUCUUCGCGGUGUUUGCUCGCUAUUUUACCAACUGUAUUGAGAGUGAGGUUGAGAAGAGCCCUGUGCCAGUCAUCACAUUGUCCUUGCAGCCAAAACACUAA